AUGCCCCCCUCCACCUCCGCGGGUCCGGGCAGCGGAGACCAGAGUGGGCGCAGAGGGCCAGCCGGGCGAGGGUUCUCUGUCAACAAUGGGUCCUUUCCCAUGGACAUUCCCGGUCUUGGGGUAUCUGCUGUCAGGUCUGGGGAUUCCCCCAAAGAGGGAACCCCCAAGUUGAAGGAUGGGACGCCCACUGCGGAGGGUCCAGUCAGACUGGACCGGCUCCAACUGGCUUCCCCCCUCCCCAGGGCUGCGACGCGGAGCCUUCCAGUCCCCGGUUCCCGCCAUGACGCCAAACAAGGAGGAGCUGGUGUUGCCCCUGAACAGGUCUCCCUGUGGGACAGCGAGAACAGCUGGCGGUUCCCCACGCUGGAUGACGAGAGCUCCGGCGUGUCCAUCCGCAGUGAGAAGAACAACUGCAGCAACUUCCUGUCCGUGCUGGAGGUGGCCAACGUCUCGGCCGUGCACACAGGCCUCUACACCUGUUACUACAACGACACGCAGGGCCAGGGGACCGGGAUCGUAGGCCGUAAUAUCUACGUCUACGUGCCUGAACCUAACGUCACCUUUGUGCCCUCCGUCAUGGUCGACUACUUCAGCGUCGUGGAGGAAAGCAAUUCCACCGUGAUCCCCUGUAGCCCCACCGACCCGCAGGCGCAGGUGACCCUGCACGCCAGCGAUGGCAAGGAGGUAUCUGCCACCUACGACCGACGCAGAGGCUUCCUGGUCUCCCAGGAGAUCGUCUUGGAGAUGGAGGCCCCGAAGACGGUAUACAAGACAGGCGAAACCAUCGUAGUCACCUGUUCCGUCCUGGACAUCGAGCUGGUCGAUUUCCAGUGGAACUACCCGGGGGAGGCGGUACAGGGACAAGGGCGUCGUCAAGAUGGAAAAAUUACGGUCCCAUCCGUCAAGCUGGUGUUCAUCCUCACGGUCCCCAAUGCCACGGCCAAGGAUCGCGGCAGUUACGAGUGUGCCGUCGGCCACAUCACCAGGGAGGUGCAGCAGACGAAGGUGGUCACCAUCGCCGUCCUAGAGAAAGGCUUCAUCUGGCUCCAGCCUGUCUCCGACCCGGUGGAGGCCGUGAACCUGCAAGCGGUCUGGCAUUUUGAUGUGGACCUGGAGGCCUACCCCCCGCCCAGGGUGUUCUGGCUGAAGAACAACGAGUCGCUCACCAAGAACACGACUGGGAUCACCACUAGCCUGCAGAAGACCCACGAGUACAGGUAUCAGAGCAGGCUGAAGCUGAUCCGUGCAAAGGAGGAAGACAGAGGGCACUACACAACUGUGGUGCAAAAUGAGGAUGAUAUUGCGAGGUGCACGUUUGAGCUGCGGGUUCACGUGCCGGCCUAUAUCUUGGAUCUGGUGGACGACCCCCACGGCUCGGAGGGUCGCCAGACCGUCCGCUGUGUCGCCGAAGGGAUCCCGCUGCCCGACAUCGACUGGCUGGUUUGCGCGGACAUUAAAAUGUACGCAGAGCAGCCCACGAAGCCUGACCACUUCCUCUUCCCCGGUCCCGGUCUGAGGGUCUGCACCGGCGGUCUGAGCACAACAGUCCUGGGGGAGUGGAGGGAUGACCAGCAGAGUGUGCGGGGACCAGCAGGGGUGUCGGGGGUGGUGGGGGGAAUGCUGGAUAAAUCCUGCCUCCCUCCCGCUUCAGCCUCGGCCUCCCCGCUCUCUCCUGGUGCAAAAAUGAUGGAAGAAAAGUAG